CCUCGAUGCGGAGGGCCGCUGGAUGGAAGUGGAUCCAAUUUGUCAGCCACGUUUCUACGCAAUCCUCAGCCACAGAGCGCCGGUCCAACUACGGGUAAACAGCCGAUGACCUCAGCUUUGACUGUGGCGCCUGCAGUCGGUGCUGGAGCUACGCGGCGGUCGUGCCUGGAGGAGCUUCAACGGGUAGGCAGACCUCCAACCAUCACGAUCUUCUAAACACAUCACAACACUCUCUCGAAGCCACAAAGUAGACUUCGCUUGUGGCGAGAAGUGUCUGAGAAUUGAUUUCACAUCUUCGAGCACUUUCUUCCUCCCUCACAGCAACAUGUCUCGUCGCUACGAUUCACGAACCACGAUCUUCUCGCCAGAGGGUCGUCUCUACCAGGUAGAGUAUGCUCUCGAGGCCAUCUCCCACGCCGGUACCGCCAUUGGUAUUCUCGCCAAGGAUGGCAUCGUGCUCGCCGCCGAACGCAAGGUCACCUCCAAGCUCCUCGAGCAGGACACCUCCGCCGAGAAGCUCUACAUCCUCAAUGACAACAUGAUCUGCGCCGUCGCAGGUAUGACGGCCGACGCCAACAUCCUCAUCAACUAUGCCCGACAGGCAGCGCAGCGUUACCUCCUCACCUACAACGAAGACAUCCCCUGCGAGCAGCUCGUAAGGAGACUGUGCGACUUGAAACAGGGUUACACACAGCACGGUGGACUGCGACCAUUUGGUGUAUCGUUCAUCUACGCUGGUUGGGACCCACGACGUCAAUUCCAGCUGUAUCUGAGCAACCCGUCGGGCAACUAUGGCGGUUGGAAGGCGACAAGCGCCGGUGCGAACAAUGCGAGCGCGCAAAGCUUGUUGAAGCAAGAUUACAAGGAGGAUUGCACACUUGAUGAGGCAUGCGACAUGGCUGUCAAGGUGCUGAGCAAGACGAUGGACUCAACCAAGUUGAGUAGCGAGAAGAUCGAGUUCGCCACAGUCGGGCAAACGGACGACGGCAAGAUCUACCACAAGCUAUGGAGUGCCGAGGCAAUCGACGAGCUGCUGGAGAAGAACGAUCUUGCUAAGAAGGAGGAGAGUGAGGACAAGUAAAUUAGACCGUGUACAACAACAAUGGAAACGCGUCAUGAUCAAUGAU